CCAUUGCAGCAGUCGUAGACCGGUUUCAGAAAAGUCUGUACAUUCGCGACGUCGUAUACAGAAUGUUUAUAAAACAAUAAACAGCGUUUUAUUUGUAGAAAGCGAAUGAACGGAAUCUCCAAGUAAUUUGUAUACCAGAGGGUAUAAACAAUAAGUGAUAACAAUGGUUAUAGAUUGAUAGGGAAUGUUCGAAAACUGGUAAUCGAAGUCAUUCAAAUUCUGGCCUGGGAACGGGUUGUAGUGAUUGCUCUUGAGUGAUUUGGUGACGAAGAGUUGUUCAGUGUUGACUAUGGGUAACUUAAGAGGGAAUAAACAAGCAAAAUCUUUGGCAUGGAGAUCUUCCCUAUCCCAAAUACUUGCAGUAUCAGUAAAAAAUGUUGUUCUACUUGGAUAUGGAAUGACUUUUGGCUUUCCAACCUUGCUCAUACCAGCAUUGUCCAAAAGCAACAAGGAUGAACCUUUUUCACUGGAUGACGAAGGACUUUCUUGGGUUGGAUCCAUAGGCCUGAUUUGUGUACCAUUCGGCUGUUUCGUGUCCGGAAUAGUUACGCAACCUCUUGGACGUAGAAGGUCAAUGCAACUCAUUAACAUACCUUUUGUUGCUGCCUGGUUGUUAUUCUACUUCUCAUCAGAGAUAUGGCACAUAUUUCUAGCUCUCAUCUUAACAGGACUCGGUGGAGGUCUAAUGGAGGCACCCGUCCUCACAUACGUCGCUGAAGUUACUCAACCACACUUGAGGGGAAUACUAUCCUCAACGAGUUCCAUGUCUGUUAUAGGGGGAGCCAUGAUACAAUUCAUCCUGGCAACAUUUUUAAAUUGGCGAACCGUAGCCUUAGUCAGCGCUUUCGUACCAAUAAUACCCUUCUGCCUCCUCUUCUUGGUACCAGAGACACCUCUUUGGUUGCUAUCGAAAAAAAGGUAUGCCGAAGCAAAAGAAAGCCUGGCCUGGUUGAGGGGUUGGGUCUCCAUCGAAGACGUCGACGAGGAAUACAAAGAACUCUUCCAACAAGUCCAGACCAGUAAAGGCAUCGGAAACCAAGGGUUCCAAGCAGACAACGGUACCACCAACAUCUCUGUAGACCAUGAAGCUGCUAAUGAAAAAACCAGCAACUCGGAAAUCAGGAAACGAACCAAAUUAGAAACUGUUAAACUGUUCACGAAAAGAAACUUCGUCGUACCUUACCUAUUGGUAUCCUACAUAUUCUUUCUAUCUCAUUUCAACGGCUCAUCUCCACUUCAAACAUACGCAGUCAGUAUUUUCUCGUCUUUCAAGGCACCCAUAGACAAAUAUCACGCUACUGCUUUGUUGGGAGUUGUUGAAGUGUUAGGUUGCAUAACCUGCGUUUCAUUGGUGCAUCACUUCGGUAAAAGACUGCUUACUUUUGUUUCUCUUGGAGGGACUGCCUUGUGUUUCUUGGUAAUAGGAACCUACGCUCAUUCCUCCCACAUCACAACUUUGAUAGGGUCCAACAACAAUGCGUCAAUCUCCAACAUAACAUCGCACGUUAUAGAAAUGGAGACCACCGGUGUGAAGGCUUGGUUUCCUAUGAUUCUUUUCAUACUUUCCGCUUUUUCGUCGCACAUGGGAAUAAGGGUGUUACCGUGGAUUCUGACUGCUGAAAUUUUUCCUAACGAGACUAGAUCGAUAGCUUCCGGUAUUUCAGCAACCAGCUUUUAUAUAUUCGGGUUCAUAUGUAACAAGAUUUUCUUGUCUAUGGUCUCGAGUUUGACAGUGCCAGGCACUUUUUGGUUUUUCAGUUCUAUGAGUUUCAUUGGACUCGUCGUAUUAUUUUUUACUCUGCCAGAGACUGAGGGUAAAACACUUCAUGACAUUACCAAUCAUUUCGCUGGUAAAAUAAAGCUAGAUAACAAUGUCCUUCGUAAUAAGAAGGCGGAUCAAAGUUAUCACAACGGGGGUUUCGUAGAUGACAAUAAAAACAAGUCUGAUAUCGAAAGUAAAUUAUGAUCACAAUUUUAGGAGAAUACGUUUCUAUAAAAAUAUACUUUCUGACGAAAAAGGUAACGCUAAGCUAAGGGCAAGUUAUUAAUUAGAAAUUUUUGAUACUUGAAGGACAAUGAAAUAUCAACACCAGAAGCAUUGUUUAAAUAGAUACCUUAGUAAAUCUUAGAUUGAAUAUACAGGGUGAGUCUUUGACUUGUACAUAUAUUUCAUCAGUAGAUUAUUCAUUUCAACAUUUCGGCCUAGAAAAAAAGAAAAGAUAAAGCCAUUUGAAUUUUAAUAACAACCUAUGCCACCCCUGGAAACCUGCACAUUAAAGUUUUUCCAACAAUAAAAUAUAGCACUUUAACUUGGAACAUGAGCUACUAUAUAAAAAAAAACUGAGUUGCAUUUAGCCAAAGUACCCAAUUUUUUGAAUUUAACAGAUAAAUUUUUUUAUGAACAAAUUACUUAAAAACGGCGCAUUAUACGAGAAAAUAUGAGGAAUACUCUUAUUUUUCAAAAAGGUCAAAUAUACAUUGUUGACCAUUCAAAUCACUUUAAACGGUUGGGUUCAAAAUUAUUGCCAUUUUUAUAGAAUGUAAUGGACAUAAUGAAGAAAGUAGAAAAUUUUUCAUGAAAUUUUGUAUUGAGAAAAGAUUCAUCAUAUCAAUGAGAAACUAUAUUUCAAAUAUAAUCUCCUUCGAUGGAACUAUUUGAGAGAUAUAUCUGAAAAAUUUUCUUUGUUAUGUAUUUUCUAUAGCCUGUAUUUUUUCAACCGAGCCGAAUCGGGAAAAAUGGUAAAGAAAAUAAGGGUUUCUCAAGGAAUCUACUAUUAAAAUAUGUGUGUGUACAAAUCAAACACUCACCCUGUAUGUAAUCAUUGAAUUCAUUCACAUUUUGAACUUUUCUCUUAUAUUAAGUGAAAAAUUGUAGAAUACUCUUGGAUAGCAUUCCAAAUAUUCCAAAGAAUAACUUUUUUACGGUAUCUACUAGUCAAUAUCUAAAUCAUCUAUUAAAUUGGUUAUAAAUCAUGGAAUAAAAAACUCGUGGUUCUAUGAUUGCCGAAUAUUUUGAUCAAAUAUUUCAAAUACCCAACCUUUGUGAGUAAGAUCAGAGACAAGAUUGUUGUCUCUAGUAAGAUGUCUAGAAAUACAUUCACUAUUGAAAAAGUAUCAAAAACAUUAGCGACUUUUGAAGCGACCAACGACAUAUUUGUAUGGCAUUUUCAUGGAAAUUUUCAUUACCUCCAGAAGAAAGAAGAAAAGAAAAUGCAAUCAGUAGAAACACGAGUAUUUUAAUAAAACUUAUUUGUGAGCUAUACGUAUUAUCAUUUGUGUGAAGAUUAAUUUUAAACGAGUACAUAUAAUAAUACAUAUUAAGCACAAGGGCGUAGAAAUGGGGGGGGGUACUGGGAGUAAUUACCCCCCUCCCCCCUCAAGAUUUCCAAAAUAUGAAAUUUGGGAAAUCUCGCAAAGAUGAAGAACAAAAAAUUUUUCCAUAAAAUUAACCAAUACUCAUUUUACUUUCUUUUAAAAUCGACACGUCAGUAAAAAAUUGGACCCCCUUACGUGUGUAUGGGUUUAUUAUCGCUUUCAAGAUGAGUACUUUUAUUGCACUACGAGCUCGUCUAUGUCUGAGGUUUAUUAUUUUUCUUUAUCUAUUCGCUUUCUCGACAUCGCCCCUUAUUUGCCAUCUGUGAUUUUUGUAUUCGUCAUCGGUGUACACUUACCCGUUGUUUUCGCUCUUUGUAUCAUUCUCGUCACAACAUUUCAAUACUGUAGUUAUCAAAGAACUAAACUGAGUAAUUAGCAUUAAAAAUUGUCUGGUUUGUGUUUUACAAUUUAUUGUGUUUCAUUUAAAUUGCAAUUUAUUUGUGAAGACAACAGUUUUGAAUUGACUAUAUCUACAGGUUGUACCUAAAUUGGAGGUACAAAUGAAAAUGACAGAUUUCUCGGAUCAUUUCAACAUGAGUCCGCAAGCGCUUUGUUAGGAAUGUUAAAGUUCAAGUUUUACUCUCAUAUCACAAGAUAUUUAACUUGAAUUGGCUAGAUAUUCCAAUAUAAAAUUUUCAUCAUGUGAUAUGUUAAUUUUGUGUGCAAAUCUACAGGGUGAAUUUUUUCUGGAAGGGUGCCCGGUUUUUUUCCUCCAGAACUAUUUUGUGGUGAACCACUAGUACUAUAAAGUAAAGAUCCAGUUAGGUAGCUGUGAUAAAUAAAUAAUUUUAAGUUUUUGUACUUAUUUACUAACUCUGUAGCUAAAUUUAAUGAAGAUUCGAUAAACCGGUUAAGCAUCACAAAGAAGUAGGACUGCAAGAAACCCUGUAUCUCGAAGACAAAGCGUUUGGGGGAUCAUGUAUAUUGGACAUUUUAUUCUUAAAAUUAUCCAAGGAAUCUCUCAUUUUCUUUCGUAAUUCCAAUUCAGGAACACCUAGUAUAAGAUAAGAACAAUCGAAUUGGUAAUAAAAAAAUUAUUUCGUGUAAUUAGUUUCAAAUUUCGUUAUCAAACCUCAUUUUCCCACAUUACAGAUAUAAGUAAACGUUGUCGUCAAAAAAUUAUUUUCGAUUACACCACCCCCCCUCCAAGAAGAAAAAAAGAUCUACGCCCUUGAUUAAUUUCUUAUUUUGUAACCGUUGCCGGUAUAAUUACUCAAAAACUGCCUCAGAAGUUUAUUCCAUCUAGGUACGCAUUCCAUAUUCAUGAUAGGAAAUACAUACAAAAGAAUAAUGCUACAAUUUUCUUUUCAUUAUUCCUUGGAUAUUUCCAACAUUUUAGUUUACAAUUCACUAUAUCAAAUGUGAUAUUAGUCAUAUAGAGUUCAAUUUUUACGAUGUCUCCAUGAUAAUGAUUUCCACAUAUUCAAAUUUUAAUGUUUGUUAUAAAUGUUAGAUCCGAUUUAUUGAAUGAAUUGUUUUUUACUAAAUGA